UCUUCGAUAAACCACCACAAUCCUCUGAAACCCUAACCUGUACAAUAGCCGCCUUGUCUAGAAACAUCUUUUCGACCUGUAUUGAUUUCAAGAAAUAAUGAAACCGAAUCAGAUCUCGCUCUAGAUCUGUUCACAAUCAUCAAUCACCAUCAUGUCGCUGCUUCUAAAAGACGACUCGAUCCAAAUCCGCGAGGUAUGGCACGACAACCUCGAAUCAGAAAUGGCUCUGAUUCGCGACAUCGUCGACGACUUCCCUUUCGUCGCGAUGGACACGGAGUUCCCCGGUAUCGUCUGCAGACCGGUCGGAACAUUCAAAACCAACACCGAGUACCACUACGAGACACUGAGAACGAACGUCAACUUGCUCAAGAUGAUCCAGCUCGGUCUCACCUUCUCCGACGAGAGAGGAAACCUCCCGACCUGCGGUCCCGACGACAAGAAGUACUGCAUCUGGCAGUUCAACUUCCGCGAGUUCGAUCUCUCCUCCGACAUCUUCGCACACGACUCCAUCGAGCUUCUCCGCCAGUCGGGGAUCGAUUUCGAUAAUAAUAAACGAAACGGCGUCGAUUCGAGGCGAUUCGCGGAGCUUCUGAUGUCUUCGGGGAUUGUGUUGAAUGAGAAUGUUCACUGGGUUACGUUCCACAGCGGGUACGAUUUCGGUUACUUGUUGAAGCUGUUGACGUGUCAGGAUCUGCCGGAGACUCAAGUGGGAUUCUUUGAGAUGAUCAGAGUUUAUUUCCCGAGGGUUUACGACAUUAAGCACUUGAUGAAGUUCUGUAAUAGUCUCCACGGUGGUCUGAACAAGUUGGCGGAGCUGCUUGAGGUUGAGCGAGUUGGGAUUUGUCACCAGGCGGGGUCCGAUAGUUUGUUAACUUCGUGUACAUUCAGGAAGCUGCAGGAGAAUUUCUUCAUUGGUUCCAUGGAGAAGUACUCUGGUGUUUUGUAUGGGUUAGGUGUUGAAAAUGUUCAGAGUGUUCACUGAAAUAAAAGGAAAUAAUUCUUGUUUGUUAAAAUUAAAGGUUUUGUUUAGAUU